AUGGCGUCGCCAGUGGAGAGAACCGCCAGCGGCCGCGAGUACAAGGUCAAGGACAUGUCGCAGGCCUACUUCGGCCGCCUCCAGAUCGGGCUCGCGGAGGUCCAAAUGCCCGCCCUCAUGUCCUGCCGCACCGAGUUCGGCCCCUCGCAGCCCCUCAAGGGCGCGAGGAUCACCGGCUCCAAAGGAACUGAGGCAAAGGGUUUGCUUAAGUAUGGCUUGGAAGUCAUCUAUAAAAAUGUUUGGCUCAAGGGGCUUUAUGUUAUUUUGAAUCGUGGUAGUGAUAUAAUUCAGUUUGUUCAGUUAGCGUGCGAAAGUUUUGAAUUACUAAAAGUCGAAGAGAAACUUCAAUCCUUGUUAUUCGUCACUGAAGAUGACUUGGUUCUGGAUGUUGGUUACCGAAUCUACAUGGCAAUUAUAGUGAAUAUGAUAGUUGAGGAACCAAAUAUGGAGAACAUAACCGUGGUACCGAAGUUUUCUAAGGUAUUUUCUAAAGAAUUGCCAGAUUUGCUGUCAGAAAGAGAAAUAGAGUUCGUGAUUGAAUUAGCUCUUGGAAUAGAGCCAAUCCCUAAGGCUCCUUACCGGAUGGCGUUGUCAGAGCUGAAAGAACUAAAGGUGCAGAUGCAUGAAUUGUUAGAUAAGGGAUUCAAACGUCCCAGCGCAUCACCUUGGGGAGCACCGUCCUGUUCAUGA